GUGGUGAUCGGACGUGUUUGUUUCUGGCUAAACUCCGUGAGCUCCUCCUUCGAAUGUAACUUCAACGAAUCCCAGCAAGAAGAUCGAAUCGCAUACCGAGGCGGACACACGAAACGUGCCUAGAGGUUUCACGAAAACCGCUUCUGUAUCGGUGUGGUCGGUGUUACUAACAUUUCAAGUGCGUCGUCCGUCCGUCCGUUCGUUCGUUGGUGUCGAAUAACGGACGAGGAAAUUUCGGUGCAAAAAUGAGUGUCUAAAAUAAAGUCGCUUCUAAAUGAGCUAAUUUUUUUGACGAAGAAAAAGUGACUGCAAAAAUGAAGUGAAAACAAAAGGCAAAAUACCUCUAUUACAACAUUGUGCUGAUCGAGAAAAGUCUUACCAGAACCCAAGUGUGUUGUGUGUGUUUUUUUUGUUUUGCUAACUCAAGCUUUUGUAGUGGAUAAAAGCAACUGUGGUGCGAUUGAAGCACGGUGCAUCAUUCUGUGGCAGGUAAAACAGCCUGAUAAAGGAUACUGCUUGGAUAACAACGUGUAGCUCGUAAAACUUGUUAUCAGAAUGAAUCCCGCCAUCAGUGAACACGAGGCAGCUUCGCUGGCCGCGGAAAUGUUCGACCAUUUCUGCGCCGCGACCACAAUGCGACAGAUACUCGGUCUGUACCGAAACAUGUGUGAUAUCCUGGGCCUGCGGCCCGGUCCGUUGAACGAGUUCUAUCCCAAAUUCAAGGCGAAAAUUCGCAACUGGAAGGCGCAGGCGCUGUGGAAAAAGUUCGAUGCUCGCGCCUCGCAUCGCGUGUACAACAAAGGCACUGCCGCCAGCGGCACCCGUGUUCUAGUCAUCGGCGCCGGACCCUGCGGUCUGCGCACGGCAAUCGAAGCGCAGCUGCUCGGUGCCAAAGUGGUUGUUGUUGAAAAGCGUGAUAGGAUUACUAGAAAUAACGUACUACAUCUGUGGCCAUUUCUAAUCACCGAUCUCAAGGCGCUUGGAGCGAAGAAAUUUUACGGUAAGUUCUGUGCCGGUUCCAUCGACCACAUCUCGAUUCGGCAGCUGCAGUGCAUUCUGCUCAAAGUGGCCCUCCUGCUGGGCGUUGAGAUUCACGAGGGUGUGUCGUUCAUCCGCGAGAUCGAACCGAAGGACGGCUGCGGAUGGCGCGCGGCCGUCUCACCGGAAGACCACGCCGUAUCACACUACGAAUUCGAUGUACUAAUCGGUGCCGACGGCAAGCGAAACACGCUGGAAGGUUUCAAGCGAAAAGAGUUCCGCGGCAAGCUAGCGAUCGCCAUCACUGCCAACUUCAUCAACAAGAAAACCGAAGCGGAAGCCAAAGUGGAGGAAAUCAGCGGCGUGGCAUUCAUAUUCAAUCAAUCGUUCUUCAAAGAGCUGUACCAAACCACGGGCAUAGAUUUAGAGAACAUUGUCUACUACAAAGACGAAACGCACUAUUUUGUGAUGACAGCGAAAAAACACAGCCUUCUGGACAAGGGUGUAAUAAUUCAGGACUAUGCCGACCCGGCCGAGCUGCUCUCGUCGGCAAACGUAGACACGUCCAAGCUGUUGGACUAUGCCCGCGAAGCGGCCGAUUUCUCCACCAAAUAUCAGAUGCCGAACCUGGAGUUUGCAGUCAAUCACUACGGCAAACCGGACGUAGCGAUGUUCGAUUUCACCUCCAUGUUUGCGGCAGACAAUUCGUGCAAGCUUACCGUUCGAAAGAACUAUCGGCUGCUGUCCUGUUUGGUUGGUGACAGUCUGCUGGAACCGUUUUGGCCAACAGGAUCCGGUUGUGCUCGAGGUUUCCUCUCCAGUAUGGAUGCAGCGUACGCAAUAAAGCUUUUCUCAAACUCUAAGAACAGCCUUCUAGCGGUGCUAGCACAACGCGAAUCCAUCUACCGGCUUCUAGCGCAAACCACUCCGGAGAACCUGCAUCGGGAUAUUGGAGCUUACACACUUGAUCCAAGUACCAGGUAUCCGAACCUGAACAAAUCUUCGGUUAACAUGAUCCAGGUAAAGCAUCUACUGGACACCGACGAUCCCACGCUGCUGGAACAGACGUUCCUGGACAGCAAUUCGCUUACGGCCGGUCCGGAAGUAUCUAUCACCAAACGCAAGCGGCGCACCAACGACACCGUUCCGCUGGGUACCGUACUUCUGCGGUGGGUCAAAUCGCAGCUCAAAGACAGCGCUUUCGUACAAGAUCUCACCGAUGCGGCACAGUGCUUCAUCAACGGGCGCGUUCUGUGUACGUUGAUCAACCGCUAUCGACCGGAUCUGGUUAAUCUCGAGGAGCUCGAAAUAUGCACGCCCGAGGACUGCAACGAGCACGCGUUUUCGAUUCUGGAGGAUCAUCUUGGAAUUCCUCGUGUCAUGUCUGGCCAGGAGUCGGUGACAUUGGGUGGGGUCGACUCGAAGCUGUGGUUGAACUACCUCGAACAGAUAUGCGAAGUGUUCCGCGGUGAAAUCCCCCACGUCAAACACCCCAAGCUGGAUUACGCCGAGUUCAAGCAAAAGCAGCAGAUCAACAGCAUGGAAGAGUUCGCGAAACUGCGUCGAUUCGCCGCGAAUCGAAUGGCCACCAUGAACGAACCAGCAGCGGUGACUCCCGGUACUGCGACGGCCGGUACUGCCAGGAAGUCUUCCAACUACUUUCACACCAACGAAGAGGAACGUAUCAAGCGCAGUCGCAAGGUGCUGGGCGCAGAAUCUAGUCCAAUGGCUUCACCACAAACUGAUACCACGAAGCGAGCCAAGAAACGUCGUAGCUAUGAGAAAUUUGGAAAUAUUGAUCGCGAUCGAGGCCUAGCGGCGGCCUAUCCGCGCAGUCUCAUCGCUGCGGCAGCCAACGAUGGCGAACAGUUUAGCGAUCGGAUCAAAUCGAUGGAGCAGCGAAUCGUCGGCAAACAGCCGACCGUCACCGAGAAGAAGCCGAAAGAUCUGCUGCGGGCGAUCGGUAAGAUCGACAGCAACGAUUGGAAUGUGAAGGAGAUCGAGAAGAAGAUCGAACUGUCGAAGAAGGCUACCGACAUUGGCAAGAGCCGUGAACGCGUUCCGAAGUGGAACCGUGAGCAAUUUUUAGCUCGCCAGAAUAAGCUCACCCAGCAGCCAGAGGAUGAAAAGUACAAGGAGUUCGACAGUUCACUCAAAGCGAUCGACAAGCAACUGAAGGAGGGACACAAUUUGGAUCUCGGCGAACGGGGUAAGAAUAAGGUGGCUUCCAUUGCUGGACAGCUGCUCAGCACCAAGCAACAACAGCGACAACAGCAGCAGCAGCAACAACAGCAACAGCAUCAUCAUCAUCCAAAAUCGACCUCAAAGGCCGCUUUGGUGCUAACGUCUUCUGGUGCUGCGGAAAAGUGCCACUUCUGCAAACAGCGCGUCUAUUUGAUGGAGAAGAUUUCAGCGGAAGGCCUCACCUUGCACAGAUCUUGUCUCAAGUGCCAUCAUUGUCACACAAACCUCCGACUUGGCGGCUACGCAUUCGAUCGGGACGAUCCGGAGGGAAAGUUCUACUGCACCCAGCACUUCAAGCUGCCAUCGAAAGUGUUCAAACCUCUGCCGAAGCGAUCGCUACCUCGAACGCCGCAAAGCGGCAGCAACAAUCGGAACGCAGCAGCAAGUGCAGCAGCUGCUGCUGGUGCUUCCGCCAUACAGCCUCUCACGCCCGAUUCGAAAUCGUCCAGUUUCGAUUUGCUGGAUCGUGGUGAAACUCCAGAACGGAUCGAGUUUGAAAACGCGGACGAAUCGAUCUCGGACAGUGAAGCCGCCAUGGAAGUUAUCGACGAAAACGAGUGGACCGAUCGAAACUUUGGCACCGAGUCGGACGAGUCCGACGAGGAUAUGUCCAGCUCGGACGAAUCGGACAGCGAGAGCGAUUCGGACUACGAGGAAGCGGCCGGUUCACCGCUGGGUGCCCAGACGCUGCAGCUGGCGUCCGAGUGGAUCAGCGACAAGCGGUUCUCCAAUAUGGUCGAUAGCGAUGAUGAUUUCUACGGUUACUCCAGUGAAGACGAUGAAGCGGACUCGCAAACGGAGGGCGAAGAGUUCGCCCGGGCUCGAGAGAUUAGAAUGCAGGAGGUUAAACUGAUGCCGCCGCCGACACUCCCAACGGACACUGAAACCGAGGGUGCAUCCGAUUCGGAAUCGUGCUCGGAGGAAAUCAACUCGGCGACGGAAAUCUCCACCGAUUCGGAGUUCGACCACGAACCAAGCCACCGGCUGCCGCCGCGGAUUUUCAUCGACGACACGCAUCUGAAGCGACCGGCCAAAGUGCAGGUUAAACAAAUGACAAUCGAGAACGGUGUUCGGAUGCGUCGCCAAUUCCCAGUUGGAGCCAACGCAAACUCGCGCCAACAUACGGCGGACAAUCAACAUCAGCGAGCCAAUGAACCGUCGUACCCAUUCAGCAGCAGCAACAACAACAACCGAAAGGACAUACAUCUCGAGUUCAAACCGCUGGUGGAGGUAGAUCCCAGCAUCAAGCUAAGCCAGCACCGGGCACCUCUCUCCAUCCCCCGGCCGGGUGACUAUACGCUCAGCAAAACCGCCAGCACCGAGGGCAUCGCUUCGAAGAAGAGCUUGGAGCUGAAGAAAAAGUAUCUGCUCGGGGAGUCACUCACCGGCGGGGGUGUGUUGAAAAGUGGUUCCGCAUCGGCGCUGGAUUCGAAGUUUAAAAGCUUUCACUCGAAUAUCACGGAGUGUCAGAAGUUGCUGCACCCGGCGCCGGAGGUUAGUCCGGCGAUGCAGACUUUCCUGCAGAAGACGGCUUCGGUCGGGCAGAUGGAGUCGGCGCUGCCGACGUUGCUUUCGCUAAGGAAGGAGGCUCUGAUGGCAGCCGGCAGGAAUGAUGAGAAGGAGAAUGUGUACGAUGGGAAGAUUGUUGGCGGUGGAGGGUUGAAGCGUUAUGCCGAAACCAUUAAUGCGACGCUGGUGGAGAAUAAGUUGAAUGAAAUGAAAAAGGAGGAUCAACUGAAGAAGGAAGAUGACUGUAAGAAGGAUGAUCGACCGAAUAAUAAUGAAGAGCUGUUGAUUGAGACUAUCAGUUUGAUAACUCCGGAGAAGAUUAGGAAACGGGAGGAGCAAACCGAGGAGGAAAAUAAGAAUGUGGAGCAGAGUAAGGGGAAUGGGGGGCACGAUGACAAGAUCGUUGAAAUUAAAAAUAUUUCCAAUCUGAAGCAUAUGUUUAUUGAUUUGACGGCGGAUUCUCCGAACUGUGAUAGAUCGUUGGUGGAGACCACGUUGAAUUUUAGCAUGACUGCUCCGUCGGCUAGGGAAAUGAAGACUUUAUCGCAAACCAAUGGUGCUUUGAAGAAUAACGUUCCGGAUAUUAUCAGUAGCAUCAAGAUGGAUAGUAAUGAUAACAAGGUUCAUGAUGAUGAUGAUGCGGUUGAUGUUGAUGAUGACGGUCAGGACGAACGAGCAAGGAGUCCGGCGCAUGAAACGUCAAUACAAGUUCCCGACGUCCCCUGGGAUAAUGAAGCCGAAGAAGAGGAUGAUGACUCGGAUGAGUCGGAUAGCAUUUCUGAAUCGGCUUCCAGCACUUCCAGUGUUGAUGAUAUUCCUCAUUUUAUUCUGGACUCUACGACCAGUCCGGAAACGCAAAACACUGAUGAGAGGUUCGUUCCACGGGUGGAAAUUCGUGAUACCACCGGGGAGUUGAUGCAGAUUGAUAGUUUGAUGAUUAUCGACGGGAAGUAUAUAGGAGAUCCGGAGGAUCUCAAGUUGUUGGAAAAGUUACCACCGGAUACUAAGAUAGCUGCGGAAAUUGCCCAACAGGAAAUGAAUUUGGAUAGUAUCAUGGUUACGGAGGAUGUUCACGAUAUCAAGGAAGAAAAAGCGGAGCUAAAGACGCCCACUCCUCCAGAAGAGACGACGCCUGAUAAAAUUCCAGCACCUAUACCAUUGCCAGUACUAGAACUUGAACCUCAUGAGGGCACUCCUCCUCCGAUACCGCCAGCAGCGCCAGUCUCGAAACCAUCUAGUCCUACCCAACCGAAGCCGGAUCUCAAAUUCGACACCCGCAAUGAAAAUAAGCUAGAAUCGAUGAUCAACCUUCCCCUGGUGCUCGAUCAGAUCCCGGCCGAUCAACCCGUACAGAAACCACGCCACCUAAGUUUCACUGCCCCACGCAAAUCACCCGAUACGGACGCCGAGAAGACCCCGCUAGCUCCCACUCAGCUCCUUCCACAGCUGGCAAAAGCGGAAGGAGGCGACGGUGGUUCCGAGUCGGAAACGGAAGUGACUACGCAAAAUCUCACCGAAACGGAACUCUCGGACUGGGCGGCCGAUGAUGCCGUGUCGGAAAAUUUCGUUGACAUCGAAUUUGCCCUGAACUCGAACAAAGGAACGAUCAAACGCAACAAACCAAAGCACGGUCGGCUGCAACAGAAGAAACUGAUUGCGCAAGCCAUGCCGUUGGGGCCGAAGCUGCUGGCGAAAAAGCAACCCCGUGCCCCGGAAGCCGAAGAUGGUAUUAUGAAGAAUUUGGCUGUUGAGGACAUUGAAUUUAUGGACACGGGUUCGGAGGAGGAAAGUUGUAUCGAGAGUUACUCCGCUACCAAUCGGCAAAUGUUGAAAAAUCGUGGUUAUGUGGAAUUUGUGGACCCCUGCAAAGACUCGUCGCCGACAAUUCUACAUUCGGUCGGAAAUGGUCAGGGUUACGUACCUUCUCUGGUCACGAAAACAAGAGUAGUUGAGGCCAUCAAUAGGCAGGUAGCAGGAGUGGAUUACAUCGAGCAGGGCGCCUAUCUUCUUAACAAUGGAGGAAAUGUUCCGAAAGAUGACACUCAAACACCGAUGAAUGAAGUUCAACCAUCGAAGAUUACUUUCGGUGCGUUGGCCGCGCAGAACAAAGCCUUGACUCAGCCAGGAAGUGAGCCGUCACAACCCCAGCUACAACAGCCCGACAGUUUCAAUGACAUAGAAGAAGAUAGUUUGUUGGUAGUGACGUCCUCGCAGGGAACAGCCACCACUACGGAGGAAAGUGAAGCUCCUACCAUUGUAGCUGGUACCACCGACCGGACGGCAACAACAACAACCGGUUCAGGAGGCAGUAGCGGAAGGUGUAGCGUAAGUUCCUUCGGUUCCAAGCAUGUGGAAGCGGCGGAUAAGUCAUCAAGCAGCCCCGUUCGGAAGGUUUCUACCGAAUCCAGCUCCGCCGGUAAGCGUGGCAGUUUGGAUCGGAACUGCCGUAAAGAUUCCCUCAAAAACAGUAUCGAAGAUAUUGGCUAUGAUGAGUACGUAAAACGGUUGCAGCAGAAGAUUGCGCAAAUUAGCAAUGCCAGAGACUCACUGGAGGUGAAGAAAAGCAAGCGAAAGUCCUCCAAAGGCGAGCUGGGACAAGAGGUUGUCAUUACGGAGAUACCGCCUACGCUGCAAGAAACCACGAAAAAGCCGGUCACUAGCAGUAUUUACACCGAGCAAAGUGCAAUUGAGGUGCCAAAGAGCGUAGAAAAGAAAAUCGAAGAAAUUACCAAGGAGCGAGUGAAGCAAAAGGAUAUCAUUCACGAUCUAGUCAUGGAUAAGCUGCAAACAAAGAAACAACUAAACGCGGAGAAACGCAUGAAUCGAAUCCGCAAUCGAACCAACGCUCUCGGCGGUCAAUCACCGGUCACUCCGAACAGUCAGCCGCAACCUAGCCCCAUCGCGAUGACGGACACCGCUCCAUCGUACCAUCCGAUUGCGCCGGAACGGCGAAACCGAUUGCUGGGAACGACGGAACAGCUCGAAACAGCGGCGCCCAAAGUUUCGCUGUACAGUUCAGCAUCAUUCAAACAUCCUGCCACGGUGUCUCCGCCGGUGUCACCCAACAAGGAGAAUAUUGCCUUCAACACUCCUGCCUCUGCCAUAUACAACAUCUCAGCAACACCACGAACCACCGUUGCUAAGCCUCCGCCGGAUGAAUCGCUCACUCUAACCGAGCAACUUCGCGAGGAAGCACGAGCUCGCGCUCGGUUAAAAUCCAACCAAGACCUGGGUCUCUCCCCGGAGGAUCGCGUUCUACUGUUACGUAAAAAGUUCCACAUCAAUCUACGGGAGUUGAACGACCAGCAGGAAACCCCACAACAGCAGCAGCAGCUGCUGCCGCAAAACAAAUCCGACGAUCUAAAGUUCAAGGAGCGUCACCACGGUUCCACCGUGGCAGCACCCAAGCUAAUGACCUCCAAAAGUGUAAACGACGUUUCGAUGCUGAAAAAUCUUACCAACAACGAUCCAGAUUUCAUUUCGCCAUGCUUGGACACUGCACAUGGCAGUGCCGACGCCGGCUCGGCUGCGAUGUUCGUCGUUGGCAGCAAGCUGAACGAUUACGUUUCCGAUCCGAACCUGAUGCAGAGUCCGAGUACCAACCCCAAUGGUACCGGAACGGAUGAGCUCCGACUGCGAACGCGCAACAAGUGCAAGGACCGCGAACGGCGUAAAAGUAUUAUCGAAAAAGUUUCGGACUUUUUCAACAGUCGCAAAAAGACGGACAGCUCCAGCGGUGGUGGCGGCGGCGGCAGCGGAAGCAAGGAUUCAUCGCCGACGAAGGACGGCAAAAAGGAAACCACCUCCGGCGGCAGCGGCAGCACCGACAAUCAGCAGUCGACAAGCGGCACCAGCAGCAGCGGUGGAGGCGGCGGCGGUGGUUUUCUAAGGUUUAAGAUUUCACCGAAGUUGAAGGAUAAGUCCAAGCCAAAAGAGGGUUCCCCGUACGAGCAGCGGUGCGUUUCGGAAGCCUGCUUAAAGAACACUAACGCAACGCAACAGGCCUCCAGUAACACUGCUAGUCCACCGUCGGCCGGACGGGAAACGACCUCGACCAGCACGACCAGCUCGCCCGUUAUCUCGUCCGCCGCGGGCGGGAAUAGCUUCACACCGAUCGGUCGUAAGGAGGCAGAAGAGCUAGAACCGCCACCGAUUCCGCCGUUACCACUCAAUUAUCAGAGAUCCGAUGACGAGAGUUGCACCACCAACGAGCCAAAGAACGAACUGAAGAAACUGCGUGCAAUGUCCAAGGCUUCGCGACAAGCAGAAUUGAAAAGACUGAGAAUUGCUCAAGAGAUACAACGAGAACAGGAGGAGAUCGAGGUGAAGAUCAAGGAUCUGGAAACGCGGGGCGUCGAGAUCGAGAAGGAACUGCGAGGCGAGAGCGAAUCACUCGAGAAGAACAUCGAAAACCUAGGCGCGAACGACGAAGGCCUCGUCAAAGAGUGGUUGGAAAUAAUGCGCAGCAUUACGCGGCUAAAGGUGCGCGACGAAGAGCUCACCAUUCGGCAGCAGGAGCUGCAGCUCGAGCAUCGCCACGCGCAGCUGAAGGAGGAACUCAACAUGCGACUGUCGUGCAGUAAACUCGACAAAAAUUCCUCCGACGUAGCCGCCGAAGGUGCUAUCCUGAACGAGAUGCUGGAAAUCGUGGCAAAGCGGCAAGCGUUGAGGCCUUCGCUGGAUGCGGCGGUGGCCGCAGCUGCGGCGGCUGCCUCAGCCGUCGGGCUGCCCCACUCCGUGGCGUCCAGUUCCACUCGCAUGACGACGAACACAGAUAUAUAAGCAAACAAACGAACAAUGUGAUCUUUUAGGAUACGUACUGCAAAACCGAACCGGAUUCUCCAGUGAGCAUGUGGCGUAGCCGCAGCGGCAGCAGCAGCAGCAGCCUCAGCAACCGCUAAAAUUGGUCGGAAGCAGCAGCAGUAGUCGAUAGGUUUAUAUUUUUCGUAAGAGCUAAAAAAUUUACCCAGCAGCAGCACUAUUAAAUAGUGCUACUUCUACAGAAUCGUUCGUGCUGUGGGCAGAGGGAACUACAGUGUGUACGUGUGCGUGUGCAUGUUGUAUAAAGUAAUACGAUCUUGGCCAACAACCACGUGAUGGCGAUAAAAAGUUAAAUUUUUGAUUUUUCUCUAUUGUGUCCAUAUUGUGUAUUAUCUACCGAUUUAUACCGACAGAGUUUAGGAGCGUUUGAGUCUAUUGAACAGCUUUGUUUUUUCUCAUUCAAUAAGUAUCCUUUAUAUCCUGCUCAGUUUUUUUGUGCACUAAAUAGGCAUUGUAUAGGUAGGGCAAUGAGACAAGGGAAAAACCCACGCUAAAAAUGUAAAGUGAUAACAUUUAAUCGAUUGCAACCGAUUCAAGCCAAUACCAUUAAAUCUGCCAGAGAACAAACGAACCACAGAGAUAGUGAAAGAGAGCAAUAGACAAUUUUUUUUAGAGUAUAUUUUUGCCCCCAAGUUUUGCAAUCCUCAUUAAUUUUUUUCGUUCGUUGUUGUUUAGCUUAAUUCUAUUUUGAUUGUGUUUCAAAUUCUUUGUUGACAGUGUUAACUUUGCAUGACAUGUGUCUUUUGUGCAGGUUUUUUUUCGUUUUAUAUGUGUUGUGCUUCAAACCCGUGUAAUUUAUUUUAUUUAUAAUGCCAUUUGUUCAAGCCUAAUUUAAACCACUCUCUCUGACAGCAAACCAAUAACAACCUGUUUAACAACAGAGCCUGAUUCUAGAUACUUCCGGAUUCAGAAGUAACAUACGCACACUCAGACAGACACGUAAAAACCCGUUUGGAUCGUUAGAUAGGUUACGCACAGAUCGGAAAAAAGCAGGGUAAAUGGCAAAGCCAUUUAGACAUUUCUUGAACUACUCGUUUAAAAGUUGAAAAAAAAAAACAAAAUUAGCGAACCUCUUUGUACCAAUUAUUAUGAAAAACAAAAAUCCGCGCAUGUAGUUUAUUCGUUCUUGCGACCAGUUUAGAUAUGACGACUUUCCGGUAACAGUGACAGUAUUACAGUAUUUUUAUAGCGAACAAAAUAAUACAUUUUAAAACACUAACACAUUGAAAAUUUAAAGAAAGAGAGAGAGAAAAGAGUAGCAAGAAAGGUGAUGAAGAUUAGCACUAACCAUUUAAAAUUAAAAACUGGCGUUGGACAUGAAAAGCAAAAAAAAAACAACAAGAUGAGAAAAGAACAAAUUAUUAGAAGAUAAUCGUAAGAGUCUACCAGAACAGAUGGAAUUUAACUUUUGAUACUGAAACAGAACAAAUUGACCGUAAACCAAUCGAAUCAAGUUAGCAAGUUUGAAGCAAUUGUGUGUUAAACGCGUAAAAAACCUAGUUCAUACAAGUAAAAAAUUUAACGAAAGAAAAAACGAGACCUGCGUUCCGUCUUGGGCUUCUUAAAGCAGCAAUAUUUUGUGUUCUGAUUAUCACACACCCAUUGUUAGGGUAAAUAAAAACGACGGAAUCAGCUUGCAAACACUUUCCGGACAUUCGCUGCGCUUUUUCCGGAAACAUAACAGAUAAAAGCAGAAAUUUUUUUCGGAUUCGAAUAGAAAUUCAAUUAGAGUGCCGUUUUGUGUACCUACCAGUUCUAUUUGAGAGAGUAUCGGCGUUACGAAGUGCUAACUGAGAACAAAAAAAAACUUAAUCAUCAAACAUAAUGUGAAUACAUAGAUUAACGAAAAAGUAAUGAAGAAAAACUAACUAAUCGAAUAAAGCAAGAUGAAGAAGUUUAAUACCACACCCCACACAGGACAGCUUUAAAAUCUUUGAGCAAAGAAUAAAAAAACAUGAGA